AUGUGUGAGUCAUUUGUUAAGCUUGAUUCAACGAACCUUGUUCGGGAUGGUUACAAUAGCUCAUGGAAAUAUUCGUUCGCUGGCUCCGCGGCUGACUUCAAAGACAUCACUUGCGCAAUUCAAUUGGAGCUACCGACCGCUGGUACAACAUGUAUGAUCUCAAUCGCUCUUCCGGACGGUAUUAAUACCAAUACGGAUAUCAAUCGGAGCAUUCAAACUGCUCUGGUGAAUGCCGGAGCCUAUCUAGUUGAUGCAUUGGGAAACAAUGUGUUUUAUAUUCAGCUGACUGAGAAUAGUGUAAUUGGUUUUACAGCUGGAACAUGUGAUCUCAUCAAGAAUGAGUAUGAAGCUUCUGGUGAAAUUCUAAGUGCAUUUGAUCGAGGCGAUGCUGCUGUCGGUGGGUUGAUAUCGUACAAGCCAAGCCAGUGUUUUUGGAUGAAUUGCUACAAUGGAUCAAGGUCUUCGAUAACGAUGACGAUAUAUAUACAGAACGAUCUUAGAGUCAAGUUUCGCGAUAGCUCUUUUAGUGUAAAGCUUUUGUUACGAGCAAAAAAAUGA